UCUAUUCGGUACGGAGUUCUCUGAGAGAGCGUGAGUGGGAGAGCGAGUAAUUGUUGGCUCUCUCAGUUUAUGACACAGCAUAGUGUGCGAUGAUAAUUCGUUUGAGGAGAUCUGUGACUUUUUUCCCUCGAUAAGUGUCAAGGUGUUCAGUAAGCUGUAGGAAAAAGAUUAAAUUCCGUACUCUUGGGAUGAUUCGUGAGGUAGUUUCCCAGAGAAUUUGUGUGUAGGAAGAAAGUGCUCUUGCUCUUCAGGAAGACCCCAAUAUCUAAAAAUACCAACCGCCUCUCAUAGCCGAAUUCACUGAUCAACUUUGGAAUUUGAAGGGGGCCCUGAAGAAUAAAAGUGCCAAGAUCGUGUCAAUUUAAUUAUCUUCAGCUCAGGAAGUUCCGAGAGUCAUAGGAGAGGCUAGAAGAUGGGCUUUAUACCAAAGAUAUCCAACUGGAAAGCUGCAAUUGCUAUAGUUUGUGUCUUUCUUGGGUGCUGCAGCAAUGUUGUGUUCCUGGAACUCUUGGUCAAGUAUGACCCGGGUUCCGGAAAUCUUAUCACCUUCUCUCAGUUUGCCUUCAUUGCGCUCGAAGGAUUCAUCUUCACCCAUCGCUUGGGAACUCAACCAGCCAGGAUUGGAUUCAAAGAUUAUACCAUUCUUGUUGCCAUGUUCUUCACGAGCAGUGUUUGCAACAAUUACGCCUUCGACUUCAAUAUUCCUAUGCCGUUGCACAUGAUUUUCCGGGCAGGAUCCUUGAUCGCCAACAUGAUUAUGGGAAUACUGAUCCUUAACAAGAAGUAUGACUUUUCCAAAUAUUUCUCCGUCCUUCUGAUAACUUUUGGCAUCAUCAUCUGUACCAUCGUUUCUGGAUCCGAUGUGAAAGAGAGCAAAUCAGCGGCCAAGGAGGUGGAAGAGGAAGCUGAUCCAGCUAGUGUUUUCUUCUGGUGGACAUUAGGCAUUACCCUCUUGACUGUGGCCUUGUUCAUCUCAGCCCGGAUGGGCAUUUAUCAGGAAGUGCUGUACAAACGCUAUGGAAAACAUCCACGAGAGGCUCUAUACUACACUCACCUUUUGCCACUGCCCGGAUUCCUGCUGUUGACCAACAAUAUCUGGGAUCACUUCAAAAUUGCUGUUUCUAGUCCGCCUGUCCAGGUACCUGUUUUGGAUAUUGCAGUACCGAUUGUUGUGCUGUUUCUGCUGGGAAAUGUCCUAACGCAGUAUGUAUGCAUAAGUUCUGUUUACGUCCUCACGACGGAAUGUUCCUCUCUGACGGUGACUCUGGUGGUGACACUACGAAAAUUUGUAUCACUCCUGUUCUCUAUCAUCUACUUCCAAAAUCCCUUUACGAUAUACCAUUGGAUUGGUACACUGUGCGUGUUUUAUGGGACAAUUGUCUUCACGGAAGUGAUACCUAAUGUUAGGAAAUCUCUUGCCACGAGAAAAAGUCAAGGGAAAAAAGUGGAUUAGGACUCUAUUAGACAAUUCUUUUUUUUUACCACCAAUACUUGUGAUUUCGUCAUAUCCUGUGUGAAAGUGUGUUAUGUGAAUUUGUUUUUUUUUUGCAUCUCUAUAUUUUGAAAAACUCAUUUUUUAUUUUUUUGGCAAACAGACAACAACAAAAAAAAUAUAACAAAUAAUGCUCAAAAGUUGAAAUUCGGGGGAAAAAAUUUAGUGUUGAGGUUAUUUAGGAUACUUUGCACAUUUCAUCACUCAUUGCUGGAGUCAGUGCACCUCCCUGCAGUACGGUAUUCACUGCAGCUCUGGCUAAGUAGCCAGUGGUCUCGGAGUAGUUGAGGGAGUACAGUGGAGAGAUGUCCUUGGAGAUCUCUUUGCGAUUGUCCUUGCAGUACAUAUUGAAGGCACUUUCGAGUAAUUUAUCGAGAUCGAGAACUUGCUGAAAUUGCAAUUCGGGAUUUCGACUGAGGAUCUUUGCCACAAUUCCCAGCAGCUCAACUGUCAAUUGACGCCGUUCCGGCAAUUCGAUGUGAAUGAGAGUUUCCUCCACGAGAAGUGAAAAGGACAAUUCACUGCGACUCAUGCUCGUGAGGGUUGGCGUUGCCGGCAAAUGAUGCCCUUGUACGUGAAUUCCUUCAGGUGUUCGCUGAAGGACAUCCCAAACCCAAUUGUAGAAUUGGUCAGGAACACGACACAGGCAUCCCUCGAGCUGACGCCGUUGAAACGUAGAUAAGCUUUUGGGGACAAACAAGUUAAGAAAAAAAAACUAAAGUCUCGGGAGAAUAAGAUAUACAGGGAAUAAAAUAACAUGACUUAAAUCAUAAUUAAAAAAAAAAUUCACAGAAAAAUAUAGAGAUUUAAAAUAUGUUGAGAUUUUGUUAAAGAACAAUGAUGGAAUAAAUUGUAAGAAAUCUUUUUAAAAUAAGUAGUUUUUUAGUUAUAGCAAUCAUUUAGUAAAAAUAACAAAAUAUUUUGUUUCAUGAAUAAAAAGUUACUGGUUUUAGAAGAUUUAUAUUUCAAUAAAUAAUAAAAUAAGACAUUUAAAUAUGGAAA